AUGCAAUACAAUAGGAGCUCAAAUUCUUUAAUUCGAUCACCAUUGUCGCUUUGGAUUGCUGAAACGACACUCGGCUCAGGCACAUAUGGUAUUGUUGAAUGUGUACGUCAUAUCAACACGCGUCAACGUCUUGCGCGAAAAACAAUUAAACUGACAAGUAAACAAGAAGAAGAUAAUGAAUUACCUGCGACAGCUGUACGAGAAAUAGCCGUUCUGAAAUCGAUUCAACACGAAAAUAUUAUCAAAUUAAAUCAUGUAGCAUUUGAACCAUCGUAUAAUAGUGGUUGUAAUCAAUUAUGCUUAUAUCUUGAAUUUCUGCCUAUUGAUCUCAAGAGAUAUAUGGAUGCGCUUGGACCUGGUGAAAGAGUCAGUCCGAAACUUGUUAAAAGUUAUAGUUAUCAGUUGUUGAAUGCUAUUGAAUGUCUUCAUCGUCAUCGUAUUCUACAUCGAGAUUUGAAACCACCUAAUAUUUUACUUGAUUAUGAAGGUCGUUUGAAAAUAGCCGAUUUUGGGUUAGCACGUCAAUGUCAUAUGCCUGAACGAACUUUAACACAUGAAGUAGUGACAUUAUGGUAUCGUCCACCUGAAGUAUUACUGAAUGCACCUACUUAUGGAACAGCUUUAGAUGUUUGGGGCUUUGGUUGUGUAUUUGCUGAAAUGACACUUCGAGAACCGUUAUUUCGUGGUGAAUGUGAAAUCGAUCAACUACUACUUAUUUUUCGUCUUUUGGGUACACCAACAAUCUCUGAAUGGCCUGAAAUUGCUCAAUGUCUUUACUAUCAGACAUGUUUGCCUAGAUUUCCACUCGACGAUGUUCAGCUUGCUCGUUUACCAAUGUUUACUGAAUGUCGACAAUUUCUUAAAGAUAUUUUGAUUUAUAAUCCAAAAAAACGACGAACAGCUCGGCAAUUACUUGAAGAACAUGAAUAUUUGACUGAAGUAGCUAGUUUUACUCAUACAAUGCCACAACAUAGUUUUAUUGAACGUCCUAUACGUUCAGUUAUCGAUCGUGCUAUUCGACAACAAACUGAAAGUAUGCGUACUGUUCGUUAG